UCUGUGCACCCAUCUGCUGUUACAGUCAUCCACCACCUACGCUCCCCACCAAUAUGCAACUUCCCCACUUGCCUUUGUUAUCCAGUUCAAGCAAAGGCCAUGCUGGUGUCUCCUCAGGCAGAGAGGAACUGGGAGAGUCUUUGCUCGGUGCUUGAAGACGUGCUGGACGACCAGUCCCACAGGGAGCUGUUUGGCUUGGAGCUGGGCUCGGGAACUGGACAGCAUGUCAUACGGUUUGCCCAGAAGAUACCCUUCAUCACAUGGCAGCCCUCUGACAUCAAAGAGGAAUCUCGGGACAGUAUCAAGGCAUAUAUUGCUGCGACCAAUGUGACAACAGUGCUACAGCCGGUCCACCUGGAUGCCAGCGAACCCUGGGAGAAAUGGGCAGGCCUGUCCUGCAACUCUUGUGAUGUCAUCAUUGCCAUAAACCUACUGCAGUACAGCUCCUUCAAAACAGCACAGGGUGUUUUCAGUGGAUCGGGUCAAAUCCUCAAACAAAAUGGACUUUUGAUAACCUACGGGGUAUAUGCCGUUAAUGGCAUCAUAACACCAAGUUGUAAUGAGGACUUGGAUGAAGAACUUCGGAAAUUGAAUCCAGAGUGGGGUCUUCCAGAUAUUGAUGUCCUCAGACAGCUGGCCUAUGGGAAUGGGCUUCGUCUGGAGAGGAUGAUCGAGAUGGAUGACUACUACAAAUGCCUCAUUUUCAGAAAACUGUAAUAUGUAAUAUAUUGGAUGGAUUCACUCGUGCUUUCUGGGAAUGUGCAGACCUGUUUUAAAACAACUGCUGAGGUUUUGAAACUUCACUGGACAUUAUGCCAAUAUGGUAUCUACGAUGUAUGGAGCUGGACGGAGGCCUGGAACUGGGAAGAUGAUUUGCAUUAUAUAUACAUUUGUA